UCAAUAAGCGCGGAAAUAUAGCGUAUGGUGUGGUAGUAAUCUAAUUUUAAAACAUUUUUUAGUUGUGGAGAUAUCUAAUUUUUGGUGCUCUGUUUUUUCAUUAAUUAUGGAUUUUCAUACCUGGACACCGGAGUAUUUUGUCGCUAACAUGGCGCAAUGUGUGGAAUAUUUAUCCAAGCAAGAGGUUCGCGAUAAGAUUCCACUUUUGAAUUGUUCAGAACUUCAUGAUUUGCACGAUAACAGUUUGGUUCGAUUCCGUGGAAUGAUUCAAGACAUGCAGGAUCCCGAGUGCUACCUAGAGCAAUACGAAGUUCGGGCAAAGGAUAGCAAUGAGCUUUUACGCGUACAGAACGGCAAAUAUCGAGAUGUUCUAGUUAUGAACAAAGAUACCGAAACAGUAGAUUUUAAGGCCGCGAAUAAUCAAUUCGGUGAACGCAGGUCAAUGUUUGUCAUUUCGAUUCCUGCUUACAACAGUUGGGCAAAGAAUCAUGAAAGGCAAAUGAAUGAGAGAAAAAAUUUAAGUCAGCAAGUUCACUGCUCACCUCGCAAUAAACGAACACUAGAAUCUGACGAAGCUAUGGACACAGACGAUGUUCCUUCGAAGAAAACUUUGACUCCAGCCGAAUCAGUUCCAUGUAAUACGCAACAGAGCGGUUCUUCGAAAAAUUCGGUGCCGCCUAGUAAUAAGACAAUGCUUUCGGCCGAAUAUCUGCUUAAUUCCCCAAUCUCGGAUAGAUCGGGAAAAGCCUGUUUGGUAAAAUUGUACUCAAACAUUGAAGAUUCUACUCUGAAUACUCUGGUAGAUGUUGUAGGAUUUCUUUCAGUAGAUCCUGCUCUAGAUGGUAGUACUGAUCUAGUGCAAGAUUUUGAGGAUGACAUGUCAGAACAUCACGCGACACACCCACCACCGUCUCUGAUUCCCCGGAUUCACGCGGUUAGUGUACAAAAUCUCAAGCACUGCAAUCCCUUACUGCCAAAUAUUUUCGACGGCUCGUUGUCUGAUAGCAUCAUUUGGAAAGAUAUUCAUAAUUUACUGACACAGUGUCUGUUUGAGGAUAAAUUGGCAGCCGAUUAUUUACUGUGUCAUUUGAUAUCGACCGUUUACAUUCGUAACGAGUUGGAGUCUCUUGGUCAGUUUAGUUUGAACCUGGGAAACAUUCCGGCUGAGACGUUGCCUGAUUAUACGAACUGGAUCUACGAAAUACUUGAACUUUUACUACCGGCCAGUCACUAUUUUCCAAUGACGUUGGAGAACAUGAACACAAUACAGUUUGUGCCAAAAAAGGAUUACACUACGAACAAACUGACCAGCGGAUUGCUUCAGUUGGCUCCGCAUACACAUCUACUGUUAGAUGAAACUCGACUACAAACGGGCAAACUCGAAGCUAGUGGAGUAGAGGCAGUGCAAAGUAUUGCUCAUCUCAUAAAAACACAGAAACUCAAGUAUAAUUUCCAGUUCUAUCAACUGGAGUUCAAUUCUGAUGUCCCCGUGCUGAUACUGAGUGAGGGAAAGAGCAUGCUACCGGCGACCAACUGCUAUCUGCCGAUUAUAUCGGAUGCAGACGCAGUCAAACUCAUUGCCGAGACCAUCAAAGCUGGCAAACAUUUCAUUCAACCUAAGCUGAAUGAAAUGCGUAAAUUUCUCACUCAACAGAAAAUUCUAGAAUUUAACAUGAAAUCGUUCGAUCCGGAAAUUAUCCAGAACGAUUUUAUUCAGAUGCGCAAGGAAUCGGACGCUUCCGCGGAGGAUUUACAUUCGCUCUUGGUACUGGCUCGACUUAUUGGUUUAUCCCGAGGCAAGCGAAUGCUGGAUCAGGACUGCUGGGAAUAUGCCAAACAGCUAGAGUGUAAGCGAAAAGAUAGAAUUGACACAUUAACCAAGCGGAAAAAUGAACUGUAGUGUUUGUUUGUUGUA